AUGCUCGGGAAUGUUUCGAGCGGGAGCGGGGCGGCAGCCGGUGCCAAGCGGCUGGAGCGAACAGGCAUCCCGAGGGCGCUCUUGGAAGCCAAACGUUCCGGCGUCACAUUCGUCCGCUCGGGUAGGCACAUCUUCGCAUCCUGCGCCAUUCACUCGUCCGGCUACCUGCGCGAACGGAUACUUGCACCGUUGGUGGAUGCUGUCCCACACCUAAGGUUGCGCAAGCGUCCGUCCGUGCCAGAGCUCGUUUCCUGGCCCGACCCGGCGACCUGCUCGCGCUCUUUCGACGAAGGUCUCGACCCCCCGCCCUCCUGUGCUCCCCCUGACCCUGUUCCCGCUACUGCUUCCGCCGGCGAUCUCAACGGUCGCGUCGUCCUGAGCGCUGCGUAUUUAGUCCGUUCACUCGCGGUCCGCCCGGCGACGCCGACCGAACGUCGAGUCUCGGCCCUCCCUCCCGUGCCCGCAUCGCUACCGCCGAGCGGUCUCGCAACCUUGCGCAUUCAGUCCAUCCUCUCUCCCGACGAGCCGCCCGACGCGGAUUCGGCAGCGGCAACUCCGAAUUACGCCCACCAGCAGCCCACUCCGAAGAGGAAGUUCCACGACGCCUUCGCCGCCACGGCGCUCGAUGCGCCCAUCGAACCGGCAGAGCCAUCUGCACCGCCCCAUCUCCGUCCACCACCGGAACGGUUGCCCAACAUACGUCAGCCCCUGCCGCACAGCCCCCCGCGCCCCGCCGUCGGGGCGGUCCGCACCCAGGGCUACACUGCUGCCGUAACCGCCACCACCGACGAUGACAGCAGGUCCUCUGGCCAGGCUCCAAUGAUGGCAGGCACCCCCGACAGCCCCGGUGCUGCUGAUCCUAAGAAGGGUAUCAAGCGGACGCCCUUACGGUCCAGCAUAGCAUGCCAGCGCUGCAGGAAAUCCAAAAUCAAGUGCAACAACACCGGCGGCGACCAGCCCUGUGAGACAUGCAUCCGCAAUGGCAAAGAGUGUAUCUACCCCGAGGUUACGCCAGCCCCGCCGAAGCGGUCGGAGCCGCCCACGGGAGCCAAGACGGAGCAGGGCUCGGAGCGGAAGCGUCUCCGGAGGAUUGAAGACAUUGUGAAGAUGGAAGGCUCGGUACCGCCUGCCGUUGUCGCCGAGGACGUCCUCUCGGCCCCUUACCUCACCGAGAGUAUCUGGAAUCAGCUGUUCGAGAUCUACAGGCUGCACUUUGCAACGGAGCUACCAUUCUUGCACCUGGCCACGCUCAAAGAGAAGCUUGGAAGCAGAUUAAGAGGGAAACCUUCCGACACCUCACCCGAGUUUAACCUGGUGUUGCUGGGCAUCCUGACACUGACAGCCCGGUUCCACAACACACUGGUGUCGUACAUUACAGCCUCCAGGAACAGUCCCGCCGUGUCUGGCUUGUCUAAGUCGCGGCCCGCUGGGCCGGGCUCGGACGCAUCCAGUGCGUCGGAAUAUUACGCGGAUGUCCUUACGAAGGCGCUCGGCGGGUUGAGGACGAGCAUGACCAUAGCCUCGGUAGAGAGGGUACAAGCUUUCCUAAUGCUUGGGCUCUAUGAGUGGAGCCAGGCACGGCCCAGGGUCGGAGGUAUGGCGGCCUGGAUGUACGUUGGCGUGGCUAUCCGCAUGGCCCAGGCGCUGGGACUAGGGGAUGGGGACCGGGAGGCCGGCAAGCCCUUCAGGUCGCGGCCGGUCAAGACGGCGCGGCAGACCAUGCCACUGGGUCAGAGGAUAAUCGCCAAGGAAAUCAGAAGGCGCACCAUGUUCAGCUGUUUGAUAUUGGACCGUCUCCUGGGCUGUGGCAAGGACCGCGUCUCCACGAUCCGCUCGGAAGAUCUGCAAAUUCAGCUGCCAUGCUCCGAAGUCGCCUUCGACCUUUCGGAGGAAGUCUACACGGGUUUCCUGAAGCCGGUGACCGGGGAAGAGGCCAACCGCAGAAUCUCCGACAGCGUACUGGGUCGCUUCGUCCGUCUCGUCGACCUUUGGGGCGAGAUCUCCAAGUGGAGUUUCUCGGGUGGCCGCUUUACGGAAGAGCACCCGCCGUGGUCGCCAGAGUCGAACUUCUUCCGUCUGCGUGGGAAACUUGAAGCGUUCUACCGAAAUCUCCCCGACCAGUUCACAUGGUCGGACAGCAACUAUUACAAGCACGAAAACCACCAGGCGAGCAGCGUGUACGUUUCCAUGCACAUGCUUGGCGCCGUGUGCAGGAUCAUGCUGCACCGCGAGUACAUACCUUUUAUCCCGAUACUCUGCGACAAGCCGGUCGGACCGCUCGACGAGCCCACCUUUCCGGCGGGACAGGAGCCCGAGGGGUUCUGGGAAGCCAGCGCGGAGGAGAUCUUCUACGCGGCCAAGGAGAUUGUUGACCUUGCCGAAAUCUGCCGUGACAAGCUGCCCAUGUCGUCGCUCGUGUUAUUCGCCGUCUGGACGGCCGCUUUUGUCGGCAUCUACGCCGUCCACUUCCCACACAUCGAUACCAAGGGCCACAUGCUCCCGAGACAGGAGAUCGUGGGGGAGCUGGACAUCACCAAGCACGGACCGACCGGGCUGACUUACAAGAUGCUGACCCACAUGUCGGUGUGGCUGAAGAUGGCCGAGACGUACGUGGUCUACUUCCGCGAAAUGGCCUGCUACUACGACACGGUCAAGCAGGACUACGAGCGGCACGUGAGCGGGAGGGCACCGGCCAGCACAGCGGGCGAAGGUAGGCUCAGCUUGCGCAUGGGCGGCGGCGGGCUGGAGGAGUGGAAGCAGCAGGGGUUCAAGGUGGUCAACAACGGCGAGAUCCUGGCCGUCGACGAAGAGAAGAGCUCGCGCGACAGCACCGCGGAGCCCGGGUCGUCGGUCGGCCCGGACAGCAGCCACCCGACCGACCACGCCAAGACGCCGCGGUCCACCUCGCUCUCCUUCACGCCCAUCAACCACGGCGGCCCGUCCCACGCAGGCGCGCCGGACUCGGCAUCCGACGCUGCCGCCGAGGCCGCCUCCACCCUCUGGCGCUUCGGGCAGCAGCCGCACAACAACCAGCAGCAACCGCAACACUCGCCUUCCCAGUCCUCGGGCGCGAUGCCCUCCCCGCAAAUACCACAACACCCGCAUCCGCAACAACACCAGCAGCAGCAGCAGCAGCAUGCUGUCCAUCCUCAUCCGGCCGUGGCGCAGAAACUGCCGCCCUACACGUCGGGCGAGGUGGCCGUGUACCUGGAGCAGAACCAAUCGAUGCCAUGGAACCUGGCGCCGGGCGGGAUCGACCAGUUUGCGCACGGCACCGAGGAGAUGCUGCCGCUCGAAACCGGCAAUCUGUUCUGGGGCAGCAUGGCGCCCGGCGAAGGGUGGGGAGGGCCGCCGACUCCCGUGCCCACGGGCAUGCUCACGCAGCAUGUCGGGGGUUAUUCAUACUAG